GGAGUCCGAGUCAAGGGUGAAGGUGACACCAGAGGUGGCGGCGUCAGGGAGCGGAACCCCACCACCACCCUGGCCUGGCUGGAGUCUAGGGUGGGGAAGGGAGUGAAGGGCUUCUGUGAGCGAGCUGGGGUCCUUCCCUGUCGCGCAACAGGCUGCCGUGUCCUUUCGCCAUCCACCCUGGCCAACAGCGGCGACAACAGGGGGACUUUGCAGUCCGAGCAGCCUGCCGCUUCCAAGCCCCUGGCAACCACCAAGUGGCUCGGGGGACGCGGCGUGGCAGGGCCCGUCUGCCCAAGGGUUAACCGGUGGCUCCGCCGCCGCGCGCGUGCCGUGCGGAAUCUCACCAGAAGAGGGUACCGCGGAAAAGCUCCUGACGUCAGGCUGGAAUUCCUAUUGUGCCUGGACCCGCUCGGGCAGAGAGCGCAAGUUGGCUCUCGGCGCACCUCCGCUCACUGCUUGGGUCCGGCGGCUGCACGCGCGCUCCGGGAAGAGGAAGGUGUUCGCGACCCGCCCGGAGACCCCCACUCCUCCCUACCCUGCUCCUGGUGCUGCUGCAGGAGGCCGAGCCAGAGCCGAAGAUCACUGCCAGCUCCCGAAGCGAGGCCGCCGGCCGCCAGACCCCCUGCCUGCGCGCCCUGGGCGCACGGAUGCGCGCGCGGAGCCCGGCCGCGGGGUGCAUGCAGCCCUCGUGCGCCCCGGCCGGCUGCUGCUCGCUGUGAGCGCCCUUCAAGGCUCCUCGGGGGCCGCGCACCGAGGGACCCUCCGGAACCCGCGCGCAGGCGGCGGGGCGCGCGCAGCCCGGGCGGGAACGCUCGCGCCGGGAGCAUGGACGGAGCCAGGGAGCGCAGCCUGGCGGAGCCGGACAGCCGGGGCUCAGCGGCGACCGGCGAGGACAUCGAGAUAGUGGUCAACGUGGGAGGCGUGAGGCAGGUGCUGUACGGAGACCUGCUCAGCCAGUACCCCGAGACCCGGCUGGCGGAGCUCAUUAACUGCCUGGCCGGGGGCUACGACACCAUCUUCUCCCUGUGCGACGACUACGACCCUGGCAAGCGCGAGUUCUACUUCGACAGGGACCCAGACGCGUUCAAGUGUGUCGUCGAGGUGUACUAUUUCGGGGAGGUGCACAUGAAGAAGGGCAUCUGCCCCAUCUGCUUCAAGAACGAGAUGGAGUUCUGGAAGGUGGACCUCAGGUUCCUGGACGACUGCUGCAAAAGCCACCUGAGCGAGAAGCGCGAGGAGCUGGAGGAGAUCGCUCGCCGCGUGCAGCUCAUUCUCGACGACCUGGGCGUGGACGCCGCCGAGGGCCGCUGGCGCUGCUGCCAGAAGCGCGUGUGGAAGUUCCUGGAGAAGCCCGAGUCGUCGUGCCCAGCGCGCGUGGUGGCCGUGCUGUCCUUCCUGCUCAUCCUGGUGUCGUCUGUGGUCAUGUGCAUGGGGACCAUCCCCGAGCUGCAGGUAGUGGACUCGGAGGGCAACCGCGUGGAGCACCCGACGCUGGAGAACGUGGAGACGGCGUGCAUCGGCUGGUUCACGCUGGAGUACCUGCUGCGCCUCUUCUCGUCGCCCAACAAGCUGCACUUUGCGCUGUCCUUCAUGAACAUCGUGGACGUGCUGGCCAUCCUGCCCUUCUACGUGAGCCUCACACUCACACACCUGGGUGCACGCAUGAUGGAGCUCACCAACGUGCAGCAGGCUGUGCAGGCUCUGCGCAUCAUGCGCAUCGCGCGCAUUUUCAAGCUGGCGCGCCACUCCUCAGGGCUGCAGACCCUCACCUACGCGCUCAAGCGCAGCUUCAAGGAGCUGGGGCUGCUGCUCAUGUACCUGGCCGUGGGCAUCUUUGUGUUCUCGGCACUGGGUUACACCAUGGAGCAGAGCCACCCCGAGACCCUGUUUAAGAGCAUCCCCCAGUCCUUCUGGUGGGCCAUCAUCACCAUGACGACCGUUGGCUAUGGCGACAUCUACCCCAAGACCACCCUGGGCAAGCUCAACGCGGCCAUCAGCUUCCUGUGCGGGGUCAUCGCCAUCGCCCUGCCCAUCCACCCCAUCAUCAACAACUUUGUCAGGUACUACAACAAGCAGCGCGUGCUGGAGACCGCGGCCAAGCAUGAGCUGGAGCUCAUGGAGCUCAACUCCGGCAGCGCUGGAGACAGCAAGCCCGGCGGCUCCCGCAGCGACCUGGACACCCUGCCUCCCGAGCCCGCGGGGAAGGAGGCACCGAGCUGGGGCAGCCGGCUGAAGCUCUCCCACAGCGAUACCUCCAUCCCCCUGCUGACCGAGGAGAAGCACCACAGGACCAGGAUCCAGAGCUGCAAGUGACGGAGGGCGCCACACCAGGGACGGCUGGGCCUCGGAGCGACAGACCCUGGGGCAGAGGAGAAGGCCUGCCAGGUGUCCCCAAGCCUCCCCCAGACAGACCCUUGGGGCGCCUCUGCCGAGCAAGGCUGGGUAAGGGGCAAGGCCAGGGGUGGGAGGGGUGCAGGGCCGCGUGGGGUGCGCGGAGUGGCUCUGUGUCUCCUUCCCUAAAGCUCCCGCUGCGUGUGCCCCCUGUGUUGUGGCUUCCGUGUCACCCCGAGAGUGGCUCAGCCACACCCCAGUGCCAGGCCGGGAUGUAGAUGUGCAGCCUUGGAUGAGGGAGGAGGUUAUUAAAGAGGGGCUCCGAGGCAGGCAGGGUGCGGCGCCCAGGCGCCUGGCCAUGUUCCGGGAGGCUCCCCAGGUGACAUCUUCCUUCUUUUCCUUCGGGGGUGAAGCUGGCUUCCAGCACCCCAGGGCUGGGGGAGGGGAGAAGUGACAGAGCCUGAGGAACAGUGAGGUCACCAUUUAAUUGUCACCUGCGUGGGGACUUUGUUUUUUGUUUUUUUUUGGUACCGGGGAUCGAACUCGGGUCCUUGCGCUCACGCAGCAGGCGGUGAAACCACUGAGCUAAAUCCCUGGCCCCUGUCUGGGGACUUUUGCACAACUUCUUCCUGUUCUUUCUGGUGACCGUGCUAGACAAGUGUCCCAUUUUACCGAUGGAGAAACAGGCCCGAGUUUCAGUCUGGGGUUUCUUCUUGGGGAUGCCAGGGGGUCUUCGGCCACAGGCUCUCCUUGGGCUCACAAGGGGGCUUCAGGGAGAGGGGCAGGGAGAGGGGGUGCAUCCUAGCCCACCCUUCCACUCAGAUCUCUCUGAGGCAUCUGCUUCAUGGACAGCCCUAAGCCCGGCCCCCCGGGUCCCCUGCCAGCCUUGUCUGAGCUCAGGGGAUGAACAGACAGACCUGGUUUGAGCUCAGGGCACGAGGACAAGAUUGGAGGUGCAGGAGCUUAAGGGCUUUUCACUAGUGUAUCUCUCCCACCAUUCUCCUGCUAGCUGUGUGGCCUCAGUCUUGUUGAUCCCCAUCUGACUAUUUGUUAAAUUUGGAUAUAAAACAAUGACCUCGGAGAACCCUGGUUCUUGGGACAGCACCUGCCACUUAGUAAGUGCUCAAUAAAUGGCAGCUGGCUCUGUUUCUCUGCGCUUGGAAGGAGGCCAUGGCACUGGCCCUCAGCCCACCCUCCACAGAUCUGGGCUGAGCGUGCAGGGAGUGGGUACAGGACACUGUCACACUGUCCGCAGCUUGCCACCAUCUACCAGCCCCAGAAUUCUGCUCUUCCCUCCCCUGAGAUGCCAGUGUUGGGGACAGGAAGGGGACAGAGGUGUAGACGGGGAAGGGGUCUGUCCUGUCAGCCACCAUCUGGGGACACUUCCCCUCCCCACUCAAUUUUCCCAUGGUUCCCCAGGGUCCUUCUAGGUCUGUGCUCCAGGACUGGAAAGCCUUGGGGUGUGGAUGCUUUUGGCAAGGGUAGGUGGAGGGUGGAGAGGGUGGCAGCUGUCAUCUGGAGGGGAUCCCUGCAGGGGAAGUCUUGGGAGAGAGCUGAGGUCAUCUCCGUGUGCUCAGGGUGAGCUGCAAGGGACAAGGAGGUGUCCCUGGCUUCGGAGGGACAGACAGCAUGGCAGAUGUGGGGUGGUGCCUUGUGUCCCUAGCUGUCCCCAGAGUACUCUGAAGGUCCUGUCGCCUCUGCCCCAGCUUUAAGAACUCCUACUGAUAGGUUGUACCCCAUUCCUAUUAAAUUAGAAUCUCUGGGAGGGACGCUGAGCAGCCAGGGUUUUUUUGUUUUUGUUUUACUUUUAAGCACACCUGAGUCAUUGGAGAUUUUGUGAAAAUGUAGAUUUUGGAUCUGUGAGGCUGGGAGGGCCACCAUUCUGCAUUUCCAAGAAGCACUCCCAUGGGGCUGGCGCCGGGCCCAGGACCCCAAGGAGGGUGGACAAACUCUGGCUCCAGGAGCCCCAUCUGUCCCUCCUCCCCCGACCUGCUUCCGUCCAUCCCAUGAGUUAAGAACAGUUUUUAUACUUUUAAAUGUUUGGAAAAAAUCUCAAAGAAAGAAUUACAUUUUGUGACCAGCAAAAAGUACGUAAAAUGCAAAUUUCUGGGUCCACAAUAAAGUCCUGUUGGAACAGA